GAUCAGAGUCUAGGUGUCCUGAAAGGGAAGAUUUGGGAGAAAUCAUGGCCAGUGGUGGCCCAAGUUUCCAGCGUGAGAAGCAGAGACCACAGCCUAGCUGCUCAGGGUGCCCCCAGGAGGUGAGAGUAGUUGAAGUCAUCCCAGGACCAUCAGGCCCCUGUGCAGAGGGCAGAGCCCUGCCUCAAUCCUCUGGCCGGAAGAGGAAGAGGGAGUGGCCCACAGAGGAGGGGACAGAGGAGGAGCCUGCCCCUGGGGCUCAGGACCUCUGGGCCGUGGAGACUCUGUGCGGGCUCAAGAUGAAGUUGAAGAGGCAGCGGGUGUCUUCAGUGCGACCUGAGCACCAUCAGGCCUUCACCAGGCUGCUGGAGGAUCCUGUCAUUAAAAGAUUCCUGGCCUGGGACACAAAUCUGAGGCUCUCGGACAAGUAUCUCCUGUCUGUGGUGGUAGCUUACUUCAGCCGCGUGGGCCUCUUCCCCUGGCAGUACCAGCGGAUGCAUUUCUUCCUGGCCCUCUACCUGGCCCUGGACAUUGAAGAGGAUUAUGAGGACCCUAAAGAGGACAUCUUGUUCUUCCUCUUUGGGAAGAACAACUGCUCCCUGCGCCCCUUGUUCCACAAACUGCGAUUCCAGUUCUUCUGUGCCAUGGGCUGGAGGGCGAGGGUCACGCGAGAAGAGUGCGAAGAGAUCCAGGCUUUUGAUCCAGAGCUCUGGGUGUGGGGGCGAGAUCGCACCCUCCUUUCCGAGAACACCGAGCCUAAGGAAUGCCAACCAUAGGGACUUUCUGCAACAAAGUCCAUGUCUAACAACAGGAUAUCAGGUGGAACGGUCUCUAUAUCCAAAGAUCAAUACAUAAAUCCUGACUAGCUAUGUUUUCAUCCAAGUUUACGUGCAAACAAAUCGCCUAUGGCCAGAUCAC